UUGGAUAAAGAUGAAAGGAUGAGUGCCACAGACAGUGACAUGGAGACCCUGGAGGCUGACAUUGAAAACAUCCAGGCUGCCAUUGACAGCCUCAACACAGCAGUGCAGGCAAACGUAGCAAAGUAG